UCUGUUUUGGGAUGGGAUGGAGUCACAUUCUGGACCCUAGACAGAGAAUUUCUAAGUUCCAGAAAGUGCUGCUUACUUUGCAUUGCCUCUUCCCAACCUUUGCUUUCGAAACUCCUGGCACCAAUGCUGCCAAGGCUGACGGAGCUUUCCUGAGUGGUGUCUGUUAAAUGAGGUGUCAAGGAAUAUCUGGAAAGGCAGCCUCCAGGCCCCCAAUGUCAAGACCCUUUAGAACUGAAAGUGUCCUAAUAUCGGGGCACAGGCAAUAAGCAUUAUUUAUUAUUCAGCCUGAGAAACUGAUGCUAAAAUAGGAGGAAAUCAUUCAAUUAUUUCCUGUCAAGGGAUUACUCAAUGUUGUUUUUAUGUUUAAAUAUUUAUUUGUCAACAUCAAGAAUUCUUAGGACAUGAUGCAUCAGCAUUUUUGAACAAGUCAUAGAUUUGACCACAAAUCAAAUUUCAGGAUGGGUGGAGUGUCUCUGCUUUAAAAUAGAAGAGAGUGAGUAGUCUAGGAGGAGGGAGCUACACAGACUGGAAACUAUUCUUAGCUCCGUCACUGACUCCAAGUUCAUCCCCUCUGUCUGUCAGUUUGGUUAAGAUAUAGGCUACUCUUCCCAACUCAGCCUUGGAGAGCAUCAUCAACUGCCUCAUGUGUGGUGACCUUCACUGUCGUAUGCCAGUGACUCAUCUGGAGUAAUCUCAACAGCCAGUUACCAACACUUGCUCUUGAUUGAUAAACAGAGAAUGGGGCUUUGGAUCUUAGCAAUUCUCACAAUUCUCGUGUAUUCCACAGAAGCGAAGUUUAGUAAACAGUCGUGGGGCCUGGAAAAUGAGGCUUUAAUUGUGAGAUGUCCUAGACAAGGAAAACCUAGUUACAUCGUGGAUUGGUAUUACUCACAAACAAACAAAAGUAUUCCCACCCAGGAAAGAAAUCGUGUGUUUGCCUCAGGCCAACUUCUUAAGUUUCUACCAGCUGAAGUUGCUGAUUCUGGUAUUUAUACCUGCAUUGUCAGAAGUCCCACAUUCAAUAGGACUGGAUAUGCGAAUGUCACCAUAUAUAAAAAACAACCAGAUUGCAACGUUCCAGAUUAUUUGAUGUAUUCAACCGUAUCUGGAUCAGAAAAGAAUUCCAAAAUUUACUGUCCUACAAUUGACCUCUACAAUUGGACAGCACCUCUUGAGUGGUUUAAGAAUUGUCAGGCUCUUCAAGGAUCAAGGUACAAGGCGCACAAGUCAUUUUUGGUCAUUGAUAAUGUGAUGACUGAUGAUGCAGGUGAUUACACCUGUAAAUUUAUACACAAUGAAAAUGGAGCCAAUUAUAGUGUGACGGCGACCAGGUCCUUCACGGUCAAGGAUGAGCAAGGCUUCUCUCUGUUUCCUGUAAUCAGAGCCCCUGCACACAAUGAAACAAAGGAAGUGGAAAUUGGAGAAAACACAAACCUAACUUGCUCUGCUUGUUUUGGAAAAGGCGCUCAGUUCUUGGCUGCCGUCCAGUGGCAGCUUAAUGGAAAAAAAGUUACAGACUUCGGUGAACCAAGAAUUCAACAAGAGGAAGGGCAAAAUCAAAGUUUCAGCGACGGGCUGACUUGUGUAAACAUGGUUUUAAGAAUAGCUGAUGUAAAGGAAGAGGAUUUAUUGCUGCGGUACGACUGUCUGGCCCUGAAUUUGCAUGGCUUGAGAAGGCACACCAUAAGACUAAGUAGGAAAAAUCCAAUUGAUCAUCAAAGCACCUACUGCAUAAUUGCAGUAUGUAGUGUAUUGUUAAUGCUAAUCAAUGUCCUGGUUAUCAUCCUAAAAACGUUCUGGAUUGAGGCUACUCUGCUCUGGAGGGACAUAGCUAAACUCUACAAGACCAGGAAUGAUGGAAAGCUCUAUGAUGCUUACGUUAUCUACCCACGGAACUACACAUCCAGUACAGAUGGGGCCAGUCGUGUAGAGUACUUUGUCCACCAGAUUCUGCCUGAUGUUCUUGAAAAUAAAUGUGGCUAUACCUUAUGCAUUUAUGGGAGAGAUAUGCUACCUGGAGAAGAUGUAGUCACUACAGUGGAAACCAACAUACGAAAGAGCAGGCGGCACAUUUUCAUCCUGACCCCUCAGAUCACGCACAGCGAGGAGUUUGCCUACGAGCAGGAAGUUGCCCUGCAUAGUGCCCUCAUCCAGAACGACUCCAAGGUGAUUCUUAUUGAGAUGGAGGCUCUGAGCGAGCUGGACACGCUGCAGGCUGAAGCGCUUCAGGACUCUCUCCGGCAUCUCAUGAAAGUGCAGGGCACCAUCAAGUGGAGGGAGGACCACAUUGCCAAUAAACGGUCCCUGAAUUCCAAAUUCUGGAAGCACGUGAGGUACCAAAUGCCUGUACCAAGCAAAAUUCCCAGAAAGGCCUCCAGUUUGACUUCCUUGGCAGCCCAGAAGCAAUAGUGCCUGCUGUGGUGUGCAAAGGCAUCUGAGUUUGAAGCUCUCCUAACUUCUCCUAGCUGGCUCAUGCCCCUGCACUGAAGUGUGAGGAGUAGGGAUGUCAAAGGGAUCCGGCCUCAGGUUUUAUCUGGUAACUUUGCUUCCAUUUCCCUGACGCUGGGUGGAUGCAAAAUGCACAGAAUUUUUUCUCCUCAAUCCUCCCCCAUUCUCCAGCCACCAUUCCCUUUCCUUUUCCUUUUUGCUUGACUCUCUUCACUGUGGUGUGGGAUGUUUUCACUAUUCUCUUUUCCUCUCUCUCUGUCUUGCUUUGUUGCUCCUGACUCUUUGUCAAUAAUCUGAAGAGCAAACUAAUCAUUCGACAGUAGAUUUUCACAUCAUCUUGAAGAACAUUCUGAUUCCCUCAGGCUGAAUGUCAGUCGUAAAUCUUGUUCCCAACAUGCCAGAAUUUAUUUUAUAUAUUUAUAUGUAUAUCUCAAAGGUGCAUGCUACCGUUUUUACUCCCAGCUAAUUUUGGGGGUAUUUAUUUAUUUUUUAUUAUUUUUUUUAUUUUUAGUAGAGACGGAGCUUCAC